AUGAGAUCAAACUUUAAACUACUUGUGCAUGCCGGCGCACCUACAAGCCAUGCCGACGAUGAGCGAUACAUCGCGCAAGCACGUGCAUACCAGGCUCUUCCAGAGGCUGCAUAUUCUCGAAUUGCCCUGUCGACUGAUGCGGCAUCGCCCCAUCGCUCUGCUCACGACCAGAACGUUUUCGAUGUUCGCGAGUCAUCAGGCGGACAGAGGCAACGUCCUAUACCUGUAUUCUUGGAUGAUACGCAGCUUGCCAUCGGCGCAUUGGAUAGUCAAUGGUUGAAUGCUGCUGCGCUGGCUCCGCAUGGCUUGCGUCGGGCACCUGCAAAUUCGACACAUCCGAACACGGCUCGCCAGGAGGAUGGCCAAUUAACAGUCACCACCACACACAGGCCAGAUGAAGACUUGACAUUACAGAAGCAUGCUGAGGCCUCAAGUCGUCGGGAAGAGGUGAUUUCAGCUACAGAACGGGCAUAUUCUGACCAGCGUUCUUGCCAGGACCACAACGACGUGACUGAGGGGAACUCACAGUUGCCUUCUUCAUACUCGUUAACAGACUCCGAGGUCUCAAGAGCCCGUCCGGCAUCCCCACAGCGCUCCCUCAGCGCACUCGACCCUGUGUCUGCUACGCCUGAGGUUUUGCCCGAAGCUGCACCACCCUUGCUGAGGGCCCACAGCUCUCCAGCGAAUGUGACCACGGCUGCGACAACCGACGAGCCACACACUUCUGUAUUCCGAUCGCGUUCCAUCCGGCCACAGAAUCCGCCGACUGCGCUCGCCAAGUAUACGAGCCACGUCACUCCCGCUCUGCGUCUUCUUGAACAAGACGAAUCAGUAACGGUGUGUUAUAAGCCCUUGUCCAUGACACGGCAGAUAGAUUCGCUGGAGCGUGGUCACUGGCUUGUACAGUGUGGUGGCUGGCCGCGGAACGUAGAGGAAGAAUUUUGGAGUACCUUGGAGACUGUCGUUGGGAACGGGAGUGCGGGUUGGGGCGUUUGGUGCUCACAAGAAAGUCACGAUGUAAUCAGCAGCCAGCCUCCUGAGAAUCCUGUGGGAUCGCCGCAGUUUCUGCCGCCGCUCCGUGUUUACUGUUGGGGAGAGGUGGUCAAACAUGUGUAUUUGCUGCUGUACGUGGCAAGCAACAGCAAAGUGCGGCGGCUUGGCUUGCAGUGGAUCGAUGCGGAUGGUGAGGUCGUUGUUCAAAUGAGAUCAGCGUGA